UCGUGUUGAUCUUGGAGACAUGAAUCCACCGAAAAGGCCGUCUGCGGCACCUUCGUCGUCAUCUUCAGAUGCGAGCUUCGUUCAGACAGGGAUCAACAUGAUCAAUCAACAGCCCUACUCUAAGAAAUACUAUGAGAUCUUCCGUAAACGCAUCACGCUCCCGGUAUGGGAACACCGAGAGAAGUUCUUCGAUAUCAUGGAAAAGAACCAAAUCAUGGUACUCGUCGGUGAAACGGGUUCCGGUAAAACAACCCAGAUCCCUCAGUGGUGUGUGGAGAGCAUGCGUAAGCGGCAGCCGGUUCUUGGCAAGCCUCAGAAUCAACAGAGACGUGGAGUUGCUUGCACGCAACCGAGAAGAGUAGCCGCAAUGUCGGUGGCUACUCGAGUAGCCGAGGAGAUGGACGUGGUCCUGGGUCAAGAGGUGGGUUACUCGAUUCGUUUCGAGGACUGCUCGGGCCCCAAAACCCUCCUUAAAUACAUGACUGAUGGUAUGCUUCUCAGAGAGGCAAUGUCUGACCCCUUGAUGGAAGCUUACGGCUGCAUCAUGCUCGACGAGGCCCACGAGCGAACCCUUGCGACCGAUAUUCUCAUGGGAGUGCUAAAACAAGUCGUCCAGAGACGACCCGAUAUCAAGAUCAUCGUCAUGUCAGCCACUCUAGACGCAGGGAAAUUCCAGAAGUACUUCGAUUCGGCUCCACUAUUGGCAAUUCCGGGGAGAACCCACCCUGUUGAAAUUUUCUACACUCCUGAACCCGAGCGAGACUAUUUGGAAGCUGCUAUCCGGACCGUGACUCAGAUUCAUAUGUGCGAGGAAACUGAAGGAGACAUCCUACUGUUCUUGACGGGUCAAGAAGAGAUCGAAGAGGCAUGUAAACGCAUAAAGAGAGACAUCGAUAAUCUUGGCAGUGACGUUGGCGAGCUGAAAUGCAUUCCUCUGUAUUCGACUCUUCCCCCUAAUAUGCAACAGAGGAUCUUCGAACCCCCUCCGCCAAACAAACCGAAUGGAGGCAUCGGUCGGAAAUGCGUCGUUUCGACGAACAUCGCUGAAACAUCUCUUACCAUCGACGGUGUGGUCUUCGUGAUCGAUCCCGGAUUCGCAAAACAAAAAGUUUACAACCCCCGAAUCCGAGUCGAGUCCUUAUUGGUGUCUGCGAUCAGUAAAGCCAGCGCCCAACAGAGAGCAGGCCGUGCUGGUCGAACGAAACCCGGGAAAUGUUUCAGAUUGUACACGGAAAAAGCGUUCAAAUCGGAGAUGCAGGAGAAUACUUACCCGGAAAUUCUCCGGAGUAACCUCGGAACCGUCGUGCUCCAACUUAAGAAGCUCGGGAUCGACGAUCUGGUUCACUUCGACUUCAUGGACCCUCCAGCACCGGAAACAUUGAUGAGAGCCUUAGAAAUGUUGAACUACCUGGGCGCUCUAGACGAUUCCGGUGAGCUUACUGAAAUCGGCGGCGUGAUGGCCGAGUUCCCGCUCGAUCCGCAGAUGGCCAAAAUGUUGAUCUCUUCGAGCGGUUUCAAUUGCUCGAACGAGAUCCUCUCAAUCACCUCCAUGUUAUCAGUUCCACAGUGUUUCGUAAGACCGAACGAAGCGAAAAAAGCGGCUGACGAUGCUAAAAUGAGGUUCGCUCAUAUUGACGGAGAUCACUUGACCAUGCUCAAUGUGUAUCAUGCCUUCAAGCAGGCUCACGACGAUCCGCAAUGGUGUUACGAGAAUUUUGUGAACUACCGUUCCUUGAAGAGUGCUGAUAAUGUUCGGAACCAGCUUUCCCGAAUCAUGGAUCGCUUCAACCUGUCGCGAAAGUCGACCGACUUCAAUUCGAGGGACUACUACUUGAACAUCAGGAAAACCCUCAUUUCAGGCUAUUUCAUGCAGGUGGCCCAUCUGGAGAGGAACGGUCAUUACCUGACCAUCAAAGACAAUCAAGUCGUGCAACUACAUCCUUCUACGUGCCUCGAUCAUAAACCAGAAUGGGUCGUAUAUAACGAGUUCGUACUGACCACCAAAAACUACAUCCGAACCGUCACGGACAUCAAACCCGAAUGGCUCAUCAAAUUAGCGCCUCAAUAUUAUGACAUGGGCAAUUUUCCGCAGUGCGACGCUAAGCGUCAGCUAGAGAUGAUAGCAGCGAAGCUCGAGGCGCAAAAAUAUGCCUAAUGGAAACCAAUAUCGAU